AUGGCAAGAGUGACCGACACGGCGCUCAUCCUACCCAUCAGCGAUCUCGACCUUUCACGCGACGAGAACCGCAAACUUCGAGUGGCAGGUCAUGUUACGGCCAUCUCUCCCACGGAUGCCUCUCUGAUCGUUCUGACGGAUCCCUUCCCCGUCGAUGCAAAGCGUGGUGGCAUAUCAAUUCUCGUCGAUCUCAGCCUGUGUACCGAUCAGACCGGCGACAGCGGGCAGGGUGGAGCAUGGAGCAAGAAGUGCCCGCAACAGGUGCCUCCCGAACUCAAAUCUACCAUCAUGGUCAUAGGGCAUUUGACUAGAUUCACUCGGCCGCUCGACCUAGCUUUCCUGUCUAGUCCCGAGAUGUUUGAGUGCGCUGACGUACAAAUGCGCAGCGCGGUGUCGAUGGAGGGCAGAUCGCUGCCGAAUAGAUACUUUGUGCUCGAAGCGAUGCUGGUAAAGCCAUUGGAUCACACGUUUAACUUGCAGCUGUGGAACCAGGCCGCGAGGAUGCGGUCAGAUCAUCAGUGGAAGAUGCAUCAGCUGGAGUCGGCGGAACAACAACAACAGCAGCAGCAGCAGCAGCAGCAGCAGCAGCAGCAGCAGCAGCCACAGGAACAGGGAGCUGAUCACUCUGCCCCGGCUGCAGGCAUAGAUAGAAAAGGCAAGCGCAAAGCCAUUGUCAUCGAUUGA